CUCUAGUCCUCUUCUUCACCUACCACCUCACUGCUGACGCCUACACCACCACCACCACCACCACCAAAUUGUUUCCUUUUCACCUAACAAACUUGUAUAUAACUCAACCAAACACUCUUCAUCACUCUCUUCUUCCUUCACUCUCUCUUUCUGCUACUUCUGAUCACAUAGACAUGGCGGGCGUGAGGAGGAUCAAGCUCGGGUCACAGGGCCUGGAGGUCUCAGCUCAAGGACUCGGCUGCAUGGGCAUGUCCUCCUUCUAUGGGCCCCCGAAGCCCGAAGCCGACAUGAUCAAGCUCAUACACCACGCCGUCGACUCCGGCGUCACCUUCCUCGACACCUCCGACAUCUACGGUCCCCACACCAACGAAAUUCUCCUCGGCAAAGCUUUGAGUGGAGGGGUGAGAGACAAGGUUGAAUUGGCCACGAAAUUCGGUAUCAGCUUUGAGGACAACAAGAGAGAGAUUCGGGGCGAUCCGGCUUAUGUCAGGUCUGCUUGUGAAGGAAGCUUGAAACGCCUCGGUGUUAAUUGUGUGGAUCUCUAUUAUCAGCAUCGGAUCGACACUCGUCUCCCCAUUGAAGUCACGGUGGGGGAGCUUAAGAAACUCGUUGAAGAAGGUAAGAUAAAGUACAUUGGUCUGUCUGAGGCUUCUGCUUGCACAAUAAGGAGAGCCCAUGCUGUUCAUCCAAUAACAGCUGUACAACUGGAGUGGUCCUUGUGGUCAAGAGAUGCAGAGGAAGAAAUUAUUCCUACUUGUCGUGAACUUGGCAUCGGUAUUGUUGCAUACAGUCCUCUAGGAAGAGGAUUCCUGUCAUCUGGGGCUAAGUUCGUUGAAAAUCUUGCCAAUGAUGAUUUCCGAAAGUAUCUACCCAGGUUCCAAGCUGAAAACCUAGAGCAUAAUCAAACAAUAUUCGAGCGGGUUAGUGAUCUUGCAGCGAGAAAGGGGUGCACCCCAUCUCAACUAGCACUGGCUUGGGUUCAUCACCAAGGAAAUGAUGUGUGCCCCAUACCCGGAACCACCAAGAUUGAGAAUUUUAACCAGAAUAUUGGAGCUUUGUCUGUGAAACUGACACCAGAGGAAAUGGCUGAGCUUGAAUCCUUUGCUUCUGUGGAUGCUGUUAAGGGUGACCGGUAUCAGAAUGACUUUAGUACUUGGAAGAACUCCGAAACUCCACCACUGUCUUCAUGGAAGGCCACCUAAGUAUGUGCCUCGACUCAUGUCAUUGUAAUGCCUCUUUCUACCUCGCGUACUUCUCCUUGCUCUUCUCACAAUAAAUGGUUUUGCCGAGUGAUACGUGUGACUUUGAGACAUUAAGCAUUUUGUGCACAAAUUUAAUCAUGUUAUUAUAUAGAGCAACACAUUAUCUGUAGUGAUGCAGAUGAUUUGGCCUUAGCUUCAAA